AUGGAAGGUCUUGGCAUGCAGGGAGGCGGAACAGACAACUAUAGAUGGAGAGUGACCAUAGCAGAGAGGAGAGCAGGAGCGAGUGGGGGGGAGGACGGGAGGGGGUGGGAGGGAGAGCGGGAGGGAGUGAGUGGGGGGGAGAGAGUUGGGGUGAGAGCUCGGAGAGAUGGGGAGGGCGGGAGUGGGGGGAGAGGUGCAGGAGACAGAAGAAGCAGUGCGAGCCUUCUCUCCCUUCUCUCCCUUGCCCUCCCUUCCCUCCCUUCACUCCCUUCCCUCCCUUCUCUCCCUUCCCUCCCUUCCCUCCUUUCUCUCCUUUCCCGCCCUUCUCUCCCCCCUUACCUUCUCUCCCUUCUCUCCCUUCCCUCUCAUCCCUCCCUGCACUCUCCUGUCUCUCCCUGCUCUCUGUUCUCUCCCUUCUCUCCCGUCCCUCCCUUCCCUCCCUUCCCUCCCUCCCCUCCCUUCUCUCCAAUUUCGACCUUCUCUCCCAACCCGCCCAUCUCUCCCCCCCUACCACCCUUCGCAUCGUACCUGGAGAGUGCUGAGAGGCAGCAGCGAGCUGCCAGAUUGCCCUCAUCUACUGCCUCCCGAUUCCUCUUUCCCGCCGGCCGCGUUCCCUCCACCGUCGCCCUGUCGCCCGAUUCACGCUCCCGCCGAAGGGUUCCCCUAUCCUGCCGCCCGAAUCCCCUUCCGCGCCGCCUGAGGGCCCUUUCCCGCACAUUGAUUCCGGUCGGGCCGCCCGACCGCCCCUUCCCGCCGCCAUAUUCCCCUUUCGCGCCGCCGAAUUCGCGUUGCCGCCGCCCGCUUCGCCAAUCCCGCCGCCCGAUUCACUUUUCCCGCCGCCAUACAUGCCUUCCCGCCUCCCUAAUCCCUCUUCCGUCAACCCGCGUACCCUUCCCUCCCGUCUCUCCCUUCUCCCCCUUCUCCCCCUUCUCCCCCGUCCCUCCAUCCCUCCCUUCUCUCCCAUCCCUUCAAUCCCUCCCUUCCUCCCCCGUCUCUCCCUUCCCUCCCUUUCUCCCUGCCCUCCUUCCCUCCCUUCCCUCCCUUCUCUCCCUUCCCUCCCUUCGGUCCCCUCCCUCCAAUCCCUACAAUCCCCUUCUUCUCCCCCCUCUCUCCCUUCCCUCCCCUUCUCCCUGCCCUCCUUCUCUCCCUUCCCUCCCUUCUCUCCCUUCCCUCCCUUUCGUCCCCUCCCUCCAAUCCCUACAAUCCCUCCCUUCUCCCCCCUCUCUCCCUUCACUCCCUCUCUCCCUUCACUCCCUCUCUCCCUUCACUCCCUCUCUCCCUUCACUCCCUCUCUCCCUUCCCUCCCUUCUCUCCCUGUCCAAUCUCUCCUUUCCCUUCCUUCUCACCCGUCCCUGUGAUUCCUUUUCUCCCUUCCCUCUCAUCCCUCGUUGCAAUCUCCUGUCUUUCCCGUCUCUCCCUUGCAUCCCUUCCCUCCCAUCCCUCCCUUCCCUCCCUUCUCUCCAUCUUCUACCCUCUCUCCCUUCCCGCCCAUCUCUCCCCCCCUACCACCCUUUCCCCCCUCCCUUCUCAUCCCGACUUCCUUCUCUCCCGUCAAUCCUUUCCCUCCCUUCUCUCCCGUCCCUCCCUUCCCUCUUGCCCUCCCUUCCCUCCCUUCACUCCCUUCCCUCCCUUCUCUCCCUUCCCUCCCUUCCCUCCUUUCUCUCCUUUCCCGCCCUUCUCUCCCCCCUUACCUUCUCUCCCUUCUCUCCCUUCCCUCUCAUCCCUCCCUGCACUCUCCUGUCUCUCCCUGCUCUCUUCUUCCAUCGUCUUACUUCCCUCCUUACUCUCCCGUCCAUUCAUCCCCUCCUUCCCUCCCUUCGCCCCCUUCUCUCCCUUCCCUCCCUUCACUCCCCUCCCUCCUUUCCCUCCAAUCUCUCCCUUCUCACCCUUCUCUCCCUUCCCUCCCUUCCCUCCGUGCCCUCCGUUCCCUCCCUUGACUCCCUUCCCUCCCUUCCCUCCGUGCCCUCCGUUCCCUCCCUUCCCCGCCUUCCCUCCCUUCCCUCCCUUCCCUCCGUGCCCUCCGUUCCCUCCCUUCACUCCCUUUCCUCUGCGUGUCGCACGCCCUUUCCCCCUCGACUGUCCGCCCUUUCCCCCUCUUUCCUGUUCGCUCGCUCCCUCGAUAGCACUCCCUAUCCCCCUCCUUUCGCACUACCUUGCCCCCACGUUUCGCAAUCCCCUUCCCCCUCGAUAGCACUCCCUAAUCUAUACCCCCCAUGUGUAUCUCUCCCCAGCCCCCAUGUGUAUCUCCCCCCUACCCCAAUGUGUAUCAAUCCCCUGCCCCCAUGUGUAUCUCCCCACUAA